GUCACCACAACACAUGCUUUGAUCGUCGCUGCAUGGAAGAUCUGUUCCUGCUCCAUGAACUGCUGUACUCGAAGCUUGCGAAGACCACGCCGUCUGCUGCGCUGCCCCCCGCUGCUGCACACGCUCGAGCUCAUGCGUAGACGAACACCCAUACAGAGUGCAACCACCGGUGUCGUGGCGCACACACGUGUCCUGCUCGCCGCAGCGCAGCGUGGGAGUGGUGUGACCUCAGCUGGUCUGUGGAGUGGCCAUCGGCGGAGCACGUCAACGCUGCCGCCCACCUUCCUUCACACGAGUCACAACGGACCACAAGGUGCAGCAAUGGAGAAGGUGCUUCCGUCACUGGAGGCGGAGCGCACUCCUGCGUCACCGUCUUCCUCCUCACUCGCACGCCGAAGAGACCACACCGCAGCGCUGCCCACUCACUUCAUGUUCGAUCCUCCUUUCACACCAGUCGACGGUGAAGCCGCAAGGAAGGGUAGUGUGGACGCCUGUCUCUACGCAUGCCGGGGGUGCAACUCCCCUGUCUUCUGCAGCAGCGACUUGGUGCACGGCAGCCGUGUCGGCCAUCACAGCAGUGGCUGGCCAACCUUUGUGGCUCCCCUCUCCAACUCCGCCGUUCGCCUUCGCACCGUGCUUCAGAAGUCCGUCGUCGCCAAUUUAUCGGACUCGCCCUCGUCGGGCACGACGAAGGCGUUGCGGGUGCACGUGCCAGAUGCGGGAAUGGCUCAGCGUGGGCUGGCGGUGGAGGGUGACUUGGUCCGUCUGCGUGGGCGUCGGAUUAGUGAGCAGCACGCGCAGUCGUGGCGGGAGACGUGCCUGCGCGAUGGGAACCACCGCAGCGAUCCCGCCGUGGUUCUUGGCUGCUGUGGACGCUGCGGCAGCCCGGUGUGCCAGGUGACGCAGUCUGCUGUCGUGGGCAGCCGCUUCGUGUCGACGGCGGCUUGCGUUCGUGUGUUGGGCCCAAAAGAGAGGUGA